AUGCCAUCUCUUACUCGCGCGAUCGCGCUGCUCCCCGCGCUCUUUGCGACAGUCGCAAAAGCCGUCCACCCAGUUGAAGUUCGCGGCCAGGACUUUAUCGAUACCGUCACAAACAAUCGGUUGAUGAUUGUUGGUGUUGACUACCAGCCCGGAGGUCAAGGCGCAUACCAGCCCACAAACAGCCAGGAUGCACUCACAGAUGCCGAUGUCUGUCUGCGGGAUGCCGUCCUCAUGCAGAAGUUGGGUGUGAACACUAUUCGUGUCUACAAUCUUGACCCGUCUCUGGAUCACUCCAUGUGUGCCUCCAUUUUCAAUGCAGCUGGCAUCUACAUGGUCCUCGAUGUCAACUCGCCACUACCUGGAGAGAGCAUCAAUCGCUUGGAACCGUGGACGUCGUACAACAGCGACUACCUCAACCGUGCGUUUGGCAUCAUUGAGAACUUCAUGGGCUUUUCCAACACCCUUGGAUUCUUCUCUGCAAACGAGGUCAUCAACGACUUGUCUACGGCUGAGCACAACCCACAGUACAUCCGUGCCGUUCAGCGUGACAUGAAAAACUACAUCGCCAAACAUGCUAAACGCCCCAUUCCUGUCGGCUACUCUGCUGCUGACGUUCGUGAGAUUCUACAAGACACUUGGGCAUACAUGCAAUGUAUCGACAACAACGACAACUCGUCUUCAGACUUUUUUGGUCUGAACUCAUACAGCUGGUGCAAUGGCGACAACUACCAGACCUCAGGGUACGACGGUCUGGUUACCAUGUUCAAUGGUUCUGCGAUUCCCGUAUUUUACAGCGAAUACGGCUGCAACCGCAUCAUGCCCCGCCUUUUCGAUGAAGUCCAAGCUCUUUACGGUCCCAACAUGCGUGCACUUUCCGGUGGCCUCGUCUAUGAGUUUUCAGCAGAAUCCGCUAACUACGGGCUCGUACAAAUCAAUCAAGACGGCUCCGUCAAGCUUCUCGCCGACUACGACAACCUGCAAUCUCAGUUUAACAAGCUCGACCUGAGCGCCCUUGAAUCUGCAAACCCACAAUCCACCAGCAUCAAAGCGCCCGACUGCUCGGCCAGCCUCAUCUCAGCGCAAGACUUUAGCAAAAACUUUACAAUUCCUGCUAUCUGUCCCGGCUGCCAAGCCCUCAUCGACAACGGAAUCGAGAACCCGAAGAGAGGUGCCUUCGUCAAGGUCGACAACAUGCGGGUUUCGCAGAAGGUUUAUGGAAGUAAUGGUCAACAAGUUAACGAUUUGACGCUUGAUGUUGUGUCUAACGAUGGGUCUAACACGCCUGGCGGCGACAACACGACUCCAAGCGGUACAGGCAGUUCGAACAGCAAGCCUAGUCAGACAGGUAACGAGGCAUCGCCGUCGCAGACAACAAAGGGCUCGGCUUCGCGAGUCGGAGGCAGCUGUCUUUUGGCACUGUUGUCAGUGUUUGCGUUUGCCCUCUUCUUGUAG